UUUAAUAUCUUUGCUAUUUAUUUUUUUCAAGUCGAGUAGUGUCGUGUCGUGGGUAGUGAGUAGUGUCGUGUUCCGGCAAGCACAUCGCAUGAAGAGCCUCCAUUUAAAGAGCCGCUUCAGCAUCUUCACCUCCACGGUGGUUCCCUCCCGCACCGAAUCCCAGAUACUCCACCACUGCAAACUCGGCGCGCUCCCCAAAGCCCUAAUCCUCCUCAAAGCCCAGGCUCAAGCCCAAGCCCUCAAGCCCGUCGUCUACGCCUCCCUCCUCCAAGCCUGCAGGAAAGCCCACUCCUUCCCCCUCGGCACCCACCUCCACGCCCACGUCCUCAAGUCGGGCUUCCUCGCCGACCGCUUCGUCGCCAACAGCCUCCUCAGCCUAUACUCCAAACUCUCCCCACACUUCUCCCAGGCCCGCGCCCUCUUCGACGCGCUUCCAUUCAAAGACGUCAUUGCAUGGACUUCAAUCAUCUCCGGCCACGUCCAGAAAGCCCAGCCCAAGACCGCCGUACACCUCUUCCUCCAAAUGCUGGGCCAAGCCAUCGAGCCCAACGCCUUCACUCUCUCAUCCAUCCUCAAAGCCUGCUCUCAGCUCGAAAACUUACACCUUGGUAAAACCCUCCACGCCGUCGUUUUCAUACGCGGCUUCCACUCGAAUAAUAAUGUUGUAGCGUGUGCGUUGAUCGACAUGUACGGGAGGUCGCGCGUGGUUGACGACGCGCGGAAGGUGUUUGACGAAUUGCCCGAACCGGAUUACGUGUGCUGGACGGCGGUUAUCUCGACGUUGGCGCGCAAUGACAGGUUUAGGGAGGCUGUGCGGGUGUUUUUUGCAAUGCAUGACGGGGGUUUGGGGUUGGAGGUUGACGGGUUCACGUUUGGGACGUUGUUGAAUGCUUGUGGGAACUUGGGGUGGUUGAGGAUGGGGAGGGAGGUGCAUGGGAAGGUUGUGACAUUGGGGAUGAAGGGGAAUGUGUUUGUGGAGAGUAGUUUGUUGGAUAUGUAUGGGAAGUGUGGUGAGGUUGGGUGUGCGAGGGUUGUGUUUGAUGGGUUGGAGGAGAAGAAUGAGGUGGCGUUGACGGCUAUGCUUGGGGUGUAUUGUCACAAUGGGGAGUGUGGGAGUGUGCUUGGGUUAGUUAGGGAGUGGCGGUCGAUGGUGGAUGUUUAUAGUUUCGGGACGAUUAUUCGUGCGUGCUCGGGGCUGGCUGCGGUGAGGCAGGGGAAUGAGGUGCAUUGCCAGUAUGUGAGGAGGGGUGGGUGGAGGGAUGUGGUGGUGGAGUCGGCUUUGGUUGAUUUGUACGCCAAGUGUGGGAGUGUGGAUUUCGCAUAUAGGUUGUUUUCGAGGAUGGAGGCGAGGAAUUUGAUCACGUGGAACGCAAUGAUUGGGGGGUUUGCACAGAACGGGAGAGGACAAGAGGGGGUGGAGUUGUUUGAGGAGAUGGUGAAGGAGGGGGUGAGGCCGGACUGGAUCAGUUUUGUGAAUGUUCUUUUUGCGUGUAGUCAUAAUGGUUUGGUUGAUCAGGGGAGGAGGUAUUUUGAUUUGAUGAGGAGGGAGUAUGGGAUUAGACCUGGGGUGGUGCAUUACACUUGCAUGAUUGAUAUUCUGGGAAGGGCUGAGUUGAUAGAGGAGGCUGAGAGUUUGUUGGAGAGUGCUGAUUGCAGGUAUGAUCAUUCGCGUUGGGCGGUUCUGCUUGGAGCCUGCACUAAGUGUUCAGACUAUGUCACAGCUGAACGCAUUGCGAAAAAGAUGAUUCAGUUGGAGCCCGACUUCCACCUGAGUUAUGUUCUGCUUGGUAACAUUUAUAGAGCGGUUGGCAAGUGGAAUGAGGCUCUGGAGAUCAGGAAGUUGAUGGAGGAAAGAGGGGUUAAGAAGGUGCCGGGCAAGAGCUGGAUUGAGAGUGAGAAGCAAAAGGGUUCUCCUGGAUUUUGAUUUGGCCAAUAUAAGCAGUGUUCCAAGCAUGGGAGAAGCUGUGUGAUAAAAAUUGGCAGGUUGAGUUUGUUGACUACAGAUUGACUGAUAAAUGCACUUUCAUCUUGAUUCUUGAACACCUGGUUUAUCCCAGGUGGCAUGGAAGGUUAUGAACUAAUGUUUACCUUUUAGGCUGAGCUAACUCCUUAACUAGUGCAAACAUCAGCUUUAUCCAAAUAUUCUAUGGUGGUGCUCUAAAUGAAGAGAUUUUUUUUUGUCAUCUGACAGACACUGUAUUUAACAAUCAAUACUUUCACUUGGGAACUGACCAGAAAGAAGUCUGAAUGCAGCAUCAAAUGAAUUUUCUUGUCUGGUUGGAGGGAUCAACAUGUUAAAGCUGCAGACAUUAUCUACUGCUGCAAUCAAAUCAAUAAAGAUUAAAGACUAAAGAUUGAACUAGAUAAAUAGUUUGUUGGUGGAGCUGCAUGGUCUCAUGAGUCAUGAGUCAACUAGGAUGGCCUGCUAUUGAAGGGCUAAUGAUGUUAAUAAUUUCCCUUGCUGGUUCUUCAAGCAGUAAUGGGUGCAAAUUCUUUACAAUGCAAGCAAACUGAGUUUUGUUCUAGCUUGCAUACGAGGGGUGAUCUUUUAGACUGUUUGGUGAUGCAAAGAAGUGAAUAGCCGUACAUGAAUCAGUCACAGGAUCCAUAAAACAGAGAUGGACAAGUUACAUAUAAAGAUACUUCUAUGCUCAGAUCAAGGGAAAGAAAAAACGAUAGAAUUGUUAGUAGAGAGAAGUGAACAAAGUUGUAUCAACUCAGAAAUGGAAUUUUAGUGAUGCAAAAGCAACCAAAUGUUAGUUUCAAAUGAAGCCAAGCAUGUGAUUCAAAGCAUUGAAUGAAACAAUGGAAAUUUUAGGAUUUGAAUUCAGUGACAUUGGUGACUUUUCCUUAUUUUGAACCAUUAGAUUAAUUUAAUGGUCUAGAUUUACUCAAUGUGAAGUUACACGCACAAUGCACGAAACAUGUUUUUUUUUUUUCAUAGCCCAUAUUCCCUUAUUUAUAAACUCUUACAUUAUUAUCAGUUUCUAGCCCUACUUUUGGUUAUUGUGUUAUUACUCAUUUUGAGUUGAGGUUAUGGA